CGAGAACAGUUUCCGGGUUAGGGGGAAGGAGCCACAAUGGAUCCUCGCGGGGUUGCGGGGCUGACGGAGCCGCGGGCCGGCGUGUGAAGGGAAGGAGGCGUAGCGCGGCUAGCACCGCGAGGGACUCGCAGGCGGGUCCCUAAAGCCCGCAGCUGCCGCCAUGUCGAUGCUGGGCGAGUACGAGCGACACUGCGAUUCCAUCAACUCGGACUUUGGUAGCGAGUCUGGGGGUGGCGGGGACUCGGGCCCGGUCACCAACGCCGGUCCGGGACCGCGAGCCGGCGGCGGCGCGGCGGAACAGGAGGAGCUGCACUACAUCCCCAUCCGCGUCCUGGGCCGCGGCGCCUUCGGGGAGGCCACGCUGUACCGCCGCACCGAGGAUGACUCACUGGUUGUGUGGAAGGAAGUUGAUUUGACUCGACUGUCUGAGAAGGAACGUCGUGAUGCCUUGAAUGAGAUUGUUAUUCUGGCGCUGCUGCAGCAUGACAACAUUAUUGCCUACUACAAUCACUUCAUGGACAAUACCACCCUGCUGAUUGAGCUGGAAUAUUGUAAUGGAGGGAACCUGUAUGACAAAAUCCUUCGUCAGAAGGACAAAUUGUUUGAGGAAGAGAUGGUGGUGUGGUACCUAUUUCAGAUUGUUUCGGCAGUGAGCUGUAUCCAUAAAGCUGGAAUCCUUCAUAGAGAUAUAAAGACAUUAAAUAUUUUUCUGACCAAGGCAAACCUGAUAAAACUUGGAGAUUAUGGCCUAGCAAAGAAACUUAAUUCUGAAUAUUCCAUGGCAGAGACGCUUGUGGGAACCCCAUAUUAUAUGUCUCCAGAGCUUUGCCAAGGAGUAAAAUACAAUUUCAAGUCUGAUAUCUGGGCAGUAGGCUGCGUGAUUUUUGAACUGCUUACGCUAAAGAGGACAUUUGAUGCUACAAAUCCGCUCAACUUGUGUGUGAAGAUUGUGCAAGGAAUCCGGGCCAUGGAAGUGGAUUCUAGCCAGUAUUCUUUGGAACUGAUCCAAAUGGUCCAUGCAUGUCUUGACCAGGAUCCUGAGCAGAGACCCACUGCAGAUGAACUUCUAGAUCGCCCUCUUCUUAAGAAACAUAGGAGGGAGAUGGAGGAAAGAGUCACACUACUUAAUGCACCUACAAAGAGACCAAGGUCAAGCACUGUGACUGAAACACCCAUUGCUGUGGUAACAUCACGAACCAGUGAAGUCUAUGUUUGGGGAGGUGGAAAAUCCACUCCCCAGAGACUGGAUGUCAUCAAGAGUGGUUGUAGUGCCCGGCAGGUGUGUGCAGGGAAUACUCACUUCGCUGUGGUCACAGUGGAGAAGGAACUGUACACCUGGGUGAACAUGCAAGGAGGUACUAAACUCCAUGGUCAGCUUGGCCAUGGAGAUAAAGCCUCCUAUCGACAGCCGAAGCAUGUGGAAAAGUUGCAAGGCAGAGCUAUCCGGCAGGUGUCAUGUGGUGAUGAUUUCACUGUCUGUGUAACAGAUGAGGGUCAGCUCUAUGCCUUUGGAUCAGAUUAUUAUGGCUGCAUGGGGGUGGACAAGGUUGCUGGCUCUGAAGUGCUAGAACCCAUGCAACUUAACUUCUUCCUCAACAACCCAGUGGAGCAGGUCUCCUGUGGAGAUAAUCACGUGGUAGUUUUGACACGAAACAAGGAAGUCUAUUCCUGGGGCUGUGGUGAAUAUGGACGACUGGGUUUGGAUUCAGAAGAGGAUUAUUAUACACCACAAAAGGUGGAUGUUCCCAAGGCCUUGAUUAUUGUCUCAGUUCAGUGUGGCUGUGAUGGGACAUUUCUGCUGACCCAGUCAGGCAAAGUGCUGGCCUGUGGACUCAAUGAGUUUAACAAACUGGGCCUGAAUCAGUGCAUGUCUGGAAUCAUCAACCAUGAAGCAUACCAUGAAGUUCCCUACACAACCUCCUUUACCUUGGCUAAACAGUUGUCCUUCUAUAAGAUCAGAACUGUUGCCCCAGGCAAAACUCACACGGCUGCUAUUGAUGAGCGAGGCCGGCUGCUGACCUUUGGCUGCAACAAGUGUGGGCAGCUUGGCGUUGGGAAUUAUAAGAAGCGUUUAGGAAUCAAUCUGUUGGGGGGACCCCUAGGUGGGAAGCAAGUAAUCAGAGUCUCCUGUGGUGAUGAGUUUACAAUUGCUGCCACUGAUGAUAAUCACAUUUUUGCCUGGGGCAAUGGUGGUAAUGGCCGCCUGGCAAUGACCCCCACAGAGAGACCACAUGGCUCUGAUAUCUGUACCUCAUGGCCUCGGCCUAUUUUUGGAUCUCUGCAUUAUGUCCCAGACCUAUCUUGCCGUGGCUGGCACACUAUUCUCAUUGUUGAGAAAGUAUUGAAUUCUAAGACCAUCCGUUCCAAUAGCAGCGGCUUGUCCAUUGGAACUGUGGUUCAGAGCUCUAACCCAGGUGGUGGUGGCGGCGGCGGUGGUGGUGAAGAGGAGGAAAGUCAGGAAUCUGAAACUCCUGAUCCAAGUGGAGGCUUCCGAGGAACAAUGGAAGCAGACCGAGGAAUGGAAGGUUUAAUCAGUCCCACCGAGGCUGUAGGGAUCAGUGGUGGGGCCAGCAGCUCCUGUCCGGGAUGGCUUCGAAAGGAGCUGGAAAAUGCAGAAUUCAUCCCCAUGCCCGACAGCCCCUCUCCCCUGAGUGCAGCGUUUUCAGAAUCUGAAAAAGAUACUUUGCCCUAUGAAGAGCUGCAGGGUCUCAAAGUGGCCUCUGAAGCUCCUUUGGAACACAAGCCCCCAGUAGGAGUCUGGCCACCUCGGCUGAAUCCUGCAGGAACAUGUGCUGGGAAAGGAACGUCGUUGACUCCUACCUGUGCAUGCAGCACUCUGCAGGUGGAAGUGGAGAGAUUGCAGGGUCUGGUAUUAAAGUGUCUGGCUGAACAACAGAAGCUACAGCAAGAAAACCUCCAGAUUUUUACCCAACUACGGAAGGUGAACAAGAAAUUGGAAGGAGGGCAGCAGGCGGGGAUGCAUUCCAGAGGAACUCAGACAGCAAAGGAAGAGAUGGAAAUGGAUCCAAAGCCUGACUUAGAUUCGGAUUCCUGGUGCCUCCUGGGAACAGACUCCUGUCGACCCAGCCUCUAGUCUCCUGAGCCUGUAUAGCCCCAGGAAACUGGGAACCAAAGAACUUCACGGCACACUUACUGAAUGCAAAGAGCAGCUUUCCUGGCUUUGUUCACUUGCAGACAAGGAGCACAAGGCAGAGGCUCUGAAGCACUUUCCCUGUACAUUUGGAGAGUGGCAUUGCCUUUUAGAUAGGCUCUAGGAGUGCUUUUCUUGUUUUGGAGAAUGGAAGGGCCCAUGGCCCUGGCUUUGUCCUCAGUGACUGCCAUAGCAACAGCAGCUCUGUACCUCAUCUGUUCAUCCCACCUUUGAAGAGGAGACACAAUGCUCAUCUUAAUUGCGCUGGUAGCAGCUUAUAUCCCAUUUAUCAUUUUCACCAUUAAUUGGAAGCUGCCUUGGAGACUUGCAUUGCACCUCUGGGUGGGAGAGGGAAAAGUAUAAAGCUGGAAUGUGCUGGAACCAGGUGUAGCCUGCCCAAGGUCAUCUGGAGAGUGGUGAAGUAUUCUGAGUCCUCUAAGGAGCCCUGAGUCCAGAAAAUAGUCUGGUGGAGUCGACCUAGGGCUUGUUUUCAGAAAGUUCAAUUACUUCAUGCAGCUAAAUGCUUUAGGAGGAGAAGCAGGCUUAGAUUGAUUUUCCUCUGAGGGUUGAUGGAAGUUUCUUCGUUGAGUAGAGAAAGAAAGGCAGAUCCUUCCUUAUCGCACAGCUGGAGUUUCAAUGUUUCAGGCUGUGGCCGAUGCAGGUGGGAUUUCCUAGUUUUGAAAGAUACCUCUAAGAGAUGUGGUGUCUGUUAGAGAAUUGAGUCAGUGGGGCGGUAGGACUGGCCUUAAGAGAAAAUCAUGAGGGAGAGAAGCGUCUCUCUUUAGCUCCAUCUGAUAUCUUAGGGCCAAAGAGGCUCAGUCUUCUGCCCACAAGAAGGCUUCUUGUGCCUCUGCCUUCAUGGCUUUUAGGGUUCCAGUGACAUCAGCAGCCUCAACCACUCCCUUUAUGUAUGUCUAGUCAGUAUUUUCCCACUUUUUGGUGUUUUAUGAAGCCAUAUCAUCAUAAACAAUGAAUCUCUAUUUUUCCUACUUGAGUGGCCCAAAGCCAGCACCAAACCCUGAGAGUCCCUGAAACCUGACAAGAUAGGUAGAACCUGCCAAGUGAAGAGGAUUUGGCCAAGAGCUCACUUUUAAUCCCACACUGUUUCCUUUUAGACAGGUGUUAGCUAGCUUUCCCAAGGAAAGAAAUAGUGUCCUAAAAGAACAAAACUUCAUAGAAAAAGUUCUUGUCAAGGGUUCAUGAUUUCACUUAAGGAUGUGAGCUUUCUGUUUCCACCUAGCUUUAUGAAAGUUUCCUUUAAUAUUUUGGUUCAUGGGCUGCUUUCAUGAGCCCCACAUCCUGCCUCCCUAUAAACAAAUUCAUUUUUGUUUCAUUUUCCCCAAACCCCAAAAACGAAUGUUGCAUAUCUGUUUAGGAUUGUGGGAGGACAUGUGCAAUGGGAAUUUUGCCAUUUCCAUAAAACUGGUGGUAUAAAGGCUGAUGUUUGGGGAAAACCCCAUGGCUGGGGAUGGGCAACUCUGUUCAAUGGGAUCUUCUUUGGUAUGAUGUUCCCAUUGUUUUCUCAAUUCUGGGAAGCCUAGUACAAUAGUACUAAUGUAAUCACUGAAGCCUUUUCUUGAAAUAAGGGAAGGGGCCAACCCUGGAUUAAGGUUACAAGUUCUGGGGACUUGGGGAUUUGCUAUAAACCCUAACAGUGGGUUUUGGUUCAUCAUAUAAAUGCAAUUUUAAUUUUUUUAAGGACUGACUGGCCUUUCAUGUUCCUGUAUCCCUCAUGCUCACCAUCUCAGCAGGCCUGAGAGGCAGGGUCAGUUGAGGUGUUAAUCCUGAGAGUGGCUUCUGCCGUGGAACUGAGGGGCAUGGGCACGUUGCUGGGACUGUGGGAUGAAAGUGAGCACUGAAGGGGGGAGAGUCUUGCUCUUGUUGGGAGAGGUGGGGGGUGUUCCUUAGCAGUAGAGCACUGUGAUUGUUUUCUCUGGCAUUUUCCCUGGGGAAAUAUAGAUUUGCUGUUAAUCUGGCUGAGAAUUUAAGUUCUGUGCCUUAGAGACCAUUUGUAUUUUCCCAAAUUGUGCCUGGGACAGCCGUAUGAUUUUUCCCACCAAGCAGUUGUGCAAACAGAAACCAGUUCAAAGGUGGCAGCAGAUAAAAAAGUGAGGUGGCAUAGAGUGCCUUUGAAUGGUUUUCCUUGUUAAUUCUCUUUUAAAUUUUGUCCUUUAUUUCUUCUUUAUGCAGUGCUAGGUGUUUUAAGUUUUCCAGUAGUAUUGCUUUUGAGUUAUAUAUUAUAACCUGAGUUACUUCUUUGCUCUGACAUGGUUGCUGAAGAAUUAGCUUAUUGUUAGCCAGAUGUUUGAAAGGCUGAGGGUGGAGUGGUUUGGCAUUUCUGAUUUAAAUAAACAUUUAAACUCUCAAUCAGUGCUAUGCCUCAGUAAACCUGCACAUGGACCUUAGUCACUGGGGAUAAACCCCCAGAUCCUCGACCUUUGUGAACCUUUGAUUCAGUGACUCUUUAUAUAAAUAAAUAAAUGUUCACAUAACAGAAACAAUGCAAGGAACAGUAA